UGAAAAACAUCACAUCUGGUUACGACGCCGUUUGAUCGUUGCCUCCCGUCCCAAGAAAAACGUCGCAGUUGCUUCUAUAAAGUUUCCUUUCACUCUAGAAAAAUCUAGAUUCCAAUCAACACCGAGCAACAAGCAAAUUAUUUUCCCUCAAAUCUCUGAAGUAGCAAUGGCGACUGAACAACCAAAGCCAGUGGCUAAAGAGGUGAAGAUGGAUCUAUUCGAAGACGAUGACGAAUUUGAGGAGUUUGCAAUUGAUCAAGAGUGGGAGGACAAAGAGAAAGGCAAAGAAGUAACCCAACAAUGGGAAGAUGAUUGGGAUGAUGAUGAUGUGAACGAUGACUUCUCUCUGCAGCUCAGAAAGGAAUUGGAAAUCAACAGUGAGAAGAAAUGAGCUACAUCUGCACAUGAAUUUGUUUUCUUCUCAAUGUUGGACCAUGUUAUUUCUAUUGUGGGUUCAGAUGUUUCCCUAUGUUUGUACUCCUCCUUAUCUCAUUGAUAAAACUUAGUUUUCACCCUUCUUGUUGACAUAUGAGACUUGUGGCACACAAAUUUGAAUUUUAGUUACCUGUGCUCUUAGUUUGAGCAGAAAAAUUUGAGUGGUGUUUCUUCUACCUUUCAAGUUUGAUUGGUUUUCCAUUA